CAAUGAAACACUUCAGACUGAAGAACCUGUGGAAAGCCAUGACCGUAGGACAGGCUGGUGGGGCGAUUGAAGCGGACGCCAGUGGGGGUCAGUCCAGCCCAGACUCAAGCCCCAGCCGUCGGCCAGACCCUGUUGACCUGGGCUUCACCGUAGUGACCUCGCUGCCCGGUCCUCCUCGGGGCCAGUUGGACGGCAGCGUGUCGGACCGGGACAAGACGGGAGCCACGCUGCUGUUCUCGGGCGUCUUCUUGGGUCUGGUGGGCAUGACCUUCACGGCCAUGGGCUGGAUCAAUUACGAGGAGAGCCGCGCUUUCGAGUGGACGCAGUUCCUGGGGCCCGUGCUGCUCUCGGUAGGGGCCACGUUCGUCUUUAUUAGCAUCUGCAAGUUCCGGAUGAUCUCCUGCCUGGCCUGCGGUCAGCAGGAGGACGAUGGUGGCAGUGACGGCAGAGGAGCCGAGGACAACAGCGAGCUGUCACGCAACCAAUCCUUUGUCUUCGCGGGCAUCAACCAGCCAAUCACGUUGCACCGUGCCACUGUGGUCCAGUACAUCCCACCCCCCUACGCGUCUGUCACGCAGGAGCCGGGUGUCCUCAGUGGUCAGCUCCCGCAGGGCUCCGCCCACAGUCCGCCGCAGUACUACAGCGUGUGCCCGCUAGAGCGUCCAGCUCAAAGCCGCAGUGCCAGCCUUGUGCCCAGCGCCCCGUCCAGCCGGCGGGAAAGCAGGAAUCCCACAGGGAGAGAGGAGGAAGAGGAGGAAAAGAAUGAGGCUUAUGAUGAAGAGGCUUUGGACUGUGUCUCUCCACCAGCUUAUGAAGAUCUCUACCCAUCUCUGCCCAAUGACAAUCACACCUAAGCUUUUUGCUCAACAAAUGAAUACUAAUAUACUGUAUGUUUUAUAUAUAUUUAUAUAUGCAGUAUAUUUGAUAUGCUCCAACCACAAAGGAAUGGUGACUCCAAACUAUUUUUACCUUUGUGUGUGCUGGUGGACCGUGAGGUCCUGUGCAGUUGCACAAGUUCAUUGACAUGCAGAGUGCCUUGCCUAAUGAUAUACCAACCGUGAUUAAGAAUCCCAUGGCUGAGGCACUGCCCAUUGGCACCCAUACUGCACUUUGAACUUCAAACUGCUUCCUUUACUGUUUGAAAGUUUAUAAAUAGAGUGUUUGAAAGCACUAACACAAAUGACUGCUGCAUAUUAACUUUAAAUGAGACUGAUGGCUGUGGUUUAGUACAGGGGCAAUGUGUGUUGGUGUUGGAGCAUUUUCACCAAUUUUAAGGUCUGGAGCAAUAGUGUUCUUGGAUGCCCGAAAUGAAAAUAUUUCAAAUAGCCUACUACAAGAAUUCCCAAAAUAUUAAUUAAUAUAAGAAAUUGUGAUUAAAAUGUCUCUCCAAAAUCUA